CGGAGUCACUCCGCCCCCUCCUCCUCGCUGCCUUUCCUUGGUGUCUUUCCAGCAGCCGCCCACUCCCACCCAGCCGCCCCCAGCUUGACUGGCAGCGCGCGGGCUGGGUGGGGAGGCUGGAUGCAGCUCCGGAGAGGAGGGGAAGGCGCUGCUCCUGCCGGUUCGCUCUAACCGCCUUUUGCCCUCCGGCAACGAGACAAGUGAAAGAGGCUGGAGGGAAGAAGGGAAGCAGCAGCAGGCAGGCUCCUAACCCGGGAAGAAGCCCCAGCCAGCAGCUCCGGCCGCGCCAUCGCCCUUUCUCCGCCAGGCGGCAUGAGCACCUGCGACGUCAAGGAGUAUCUGGCCAGGAAGGAGAUUCCGCAGCUCUUCGAGAGUUUUAUUAAUGGAUUAAUGUGCUACAAACCUGACGAUCCAAUAGAAUAUCUGGAAGGAUGUUUACAGAAAGUGAAGGAACUGGGAGGAGCAGAAAAAGUGAAAUGGGACACUUUUGUCAGUCCAGAAAAAAAGACUCUACCUCCACUUAAUGGCAGCCAGUCAAGAAGAUCAUUUUUCAGAAAUGUGAUGCCAGACAAUCCCAAUUUUCCUUAUCGGCGUUAUGAUCGACUCCCUCCAAUCCAUCAGUUCUCCAUAGAAAGUGACACAGAUCUCUCAGAAACAGCUGAACUCAUUGAGGAGUAUGAUGUCUUUGAUCCUACAAGACCUCGGCCUAAAAUCAUCCUUGUGAUAGGUGGCCCAGGAAGUGGGAAGGGAACCCAGAGUUUGAAAAUUGCAGAACGUUAUGGAUUUGAGUAUAUCUCUGUUGGUGAAUUGUUGAGAAAGAAGAUUCACAACACAAGUAGUAAUAGAAAAUGGAGCCUGAUUGCUAAAAUAAUUACCACUGGAGAAUUAGCUCCACAGGAAACAACUAUUACAGAGAUAAAGCAGAGGUUAAUGCAGAUCCCUGAUGAAGAAGGUAUUGUUAUUGAUGGAUUUCCAAGAGAUGUGGCCCAGGCUCUUUCCUUUGAGGAUCAAAUAUGCACCCCGGAUUUGGUGGUGUUUUUGUCCUGCUCAAAUCAGCGACUGAAAGAACGGCUAAUGAAACGUGCUGAACAGCAAGGGAGGCCAGAUGACAACCUCAAAGCUACACAGAGACGCCUAGUGAAUUUUAAGCAGAAUACUGUUCCACUGGUUAAAUAUUUCCAGGAAAAGGGUCUGAUUAUGACUUUUGAUGCUGACAGAGAAGAGGAAGAAGUUUUCCAUGACAUAAGCCUGGCUGUUGACAACAAACUGUUUCCCCCCAAAGAACACGUGGCAGGUCCAUGUGAACUUGAACUUAAUCUCAUUGUGGACUCUGGAGAUAUUGCAGAUACAGAAUUUGACUUUGAAGACCAGGUAGAUGACCAGUCAAAUCUUCCUGGACCUGAGAAUAUGGGAGAUUUUUCAAAAGGCUUGAAGAAAUCAAACAUAUUUUUCAUAGUUGGUGGACCUGGCUCUGGCAAAGGGACCCAGUGCAAGAAAUUAGCACAAAAAUAUGGAUUCACUCAUCUGUCCACAGAAGAUCUUCUCCAGCAUGAAAUUUCAUCAUUGUCAGAAAGAAGUAAGACUAUCAGAGACAUAAUGGAAAGUGGUGAAGUUGUACCAGGGGAUAUUAUUAUAGAACUCCUGAAAGAAGAGAUGGAUGCCAGUCUAGAAGACACAAAAGGUUUCCUGAUUGAUGGUUAUCCCCAGGAAAUGAAGCAAGGAGAAGAGUUUGAGGGCCAGAUUGGAGAGCCAUCCUUGGUGCUCUGCCUGGACUGUUCCUCUAAGACCAUGAGCAGUCGUCUUCUGAAACAAAGUCAAAGCAACCAAUGCCUCAUGGACAAUGCUGAAGUCAUCAUGAAGCGUAUUGAAAGUUACUACCAGAUGGCUGAGCCUCUGAUCACGUAUUAUGAAAACAAAAUUCCAGUUUUUAAGAUAAAUGCAGAAGGGACACCAGAAGAAGUUUUCCUUGAAGCUUGUUCAUCAGUCAAUAUUUUUCUGAAACAGGAAGAAACAGCAUCAGUUCUUUCACGCCACACACAGUAACUGCAGGUCUCUCUCUCUCUCUCUCUCUCUCACACACACACACACACACACACACUCUCUCUCUCAGCAAAACGGUCCUUGGAAAAUGCUGCGUAAAGCAAUAGCUGCUGACUUGAAAAAUACCUAAAAUUAGUGCAUGUUGUAAAGUUAAAAAAAAGAACCUAUUUAGUUUGAAUGGUACAAUAACUGCACCAGUAUCGUAUGCUAUCACAGUUUACACUUUUCACAGGGUAAAAACAACAGCUUUAAUUUGUAUGAAUUUAGUCUUGUUCUUCAAUAUACACAGUCAGCACUGAGCUCCUAAAUUAGCUGCCCAUCAGCAGAAUUAACACUGCAAUUGUUUCUGCAAACAAACAAUUCAAUUUUGAGGCUCUUCAAUCCUGCUCUUUAUUAAUAAUACUUGUAAAAUCUGUUUUCUACUAUUUUAUUGGUAGAACAAGCCUGCCUUGACAGCAUGGUCAAUAACACAGACGAGUGAAAGUUCAGCAAUUCUAAGAAAAGCAACAUACACAUGUCACAUAGCAAAUAGAUUGAAUGUGAGGCAAUUAAUGCCACAUAUGAAACAAGUUAUGUUGCUAUUGCUGCCAAACUUCCAAAUGUUCUACAGACUUAUGGUAAAGAUGAGUCUUACUUUGAAAUAACAUUAGAUAGGAAUACUUGUUUGCUUGAUAAAAAAAUCAAUUCUAAAUAUUGCUGAUGUCCCAAACUAUGCUAAUAUCUGAGUGUAAAAAACAUGCUAAACAUCUAACAACCACAACAUUCUAAAGGGAGGGAUGUAAUAAUUUUAUAUGUUAGCUAUCAUAUGUUUGAAAAGUAAACAUGGCAAGUGUAAAUUUCAGUUUUACAUCUUAUGCAGUUAUUUCUCAUUGCCUGAUAUUAAAUAUAAGUUAAAAGUGUGAAAGAAAGUGUUUCAGUUAAAUCACCUGUACUUAACAAUCCACAUUUCCAUACUUUCUGCCGAACACACAUGAAAUCAUUUUACCUGCAUCAAGCCAACCGAAAUAUCGAGGGCUUGUGUAUGCUGAGUAUGCUCUGUAUCAGCAUACAUAUUCGUGUCUUUAGAAAGUGACUGUUUUUCUUUGGGCCCUCCACCACUGUGGCUUGCAUGAUUGAUCUUUGUCAACAGUUGCAUUAUUAAUGAGCA